UCUUGCAUCCCCUUUGACCGGGCCGUGCGCAGCAACAUGGAUGUUUUUCUUUUAUUUUUUGCUUAGUUCUGAACGCAUGGGCUCGCGUCCGCCAUUUUGCUUGGGUUGACCUCUUCCCUCCGCUCGUGGGGCGCUAGGAACGGAGGGGAGGUAGAAGAAGACUAGAGGAGGCGGUUGGUGCCCCGCCGGCGCACAUUCAUUGCACGUAUAGGCAAAUACAGCGCGGCUCGGUCGCGUGGACUUGAGAGGGAGUCACCUCGCCUCGCCUCGCCUCGCCUUUACAAGUUGCGAGCCGCGAGUCACGACCAUCUCUUCUCCGAUUAGUCCUGUUGCCUAGUUGGCCUCGCGACGACAGAGAGGGAGGGAGGAGAAGACAGAAGAGGCGAGCCAGCGUGCUUCCGUGCUCCGAUCGAUCGCCGGCGCUCCGGGGGAUGGAGGCGGCGACGCAGCGGCGGCCCACGCCGCCGCUGGUGAUGAUGGUGCUGGUGCUGCUGGCGGCCGGCGUUCCGGCGGCCUUCUGCGCCAUCAAUCCUCAAGAUGCUUCCGCGCUCAAUUCCCUCAAGAGCCAAUGGACGAGCUUCCCGUCGAGCUGGUCCUCGAAUAGCGACCCCUGCGACGGGGGUUGGGACGGGGUCGAGUGCAGCAACGGCAGGGUCCAAUCGCUGAGGCUGUCAAGUGUCAACAUUCAGGGCACGCUCAGCAACAGCAUCGGCCAGCUCAGCCAGCUCGUGUAUCUGGAUGUUUCCUUCAACAUUGGUCUUGGCGGUCCGAUGCCCGCUUCGAUUGGGAGCCUUUUGCAGCUUAGCAUACUGAUCCUGGCCGGCUGCAGCUUCACAGGAAGCAUUCCACAAGAACUAGGCAACCUGCAACAACUCACGUUCCUAGCGCUGAACUCAAACAAGUUUACGGGCAAAAUACCGCCUUCACUUGGUUUACUCACGAAUGUCAACUGGUUGGAUCUGGCUGAUAAUCAGCUCACUGGAUCAAUCCCAAUCUCAACAGCAACCACACCAGGGCUCAACCUACUUACCAAAACACAGCACUUCCAUUUCAACAAGAACCAGUUAUCUGGAACGCUUGCAGGCCUCUUCAACUCCAACAUGACUCUGAUUCACAUAUUGUUUGAUAGCAAUCAAUUUACUGGCCCAAUCCCAGCAGAGCUAGGGAGCGUUUCAACCCUCCAGGUUCUCCGACUAGAUAGGAAUGGUUUCUCGGGAGCAGUUCCUUCCAACAUCAGCAACUUGGUCAAUCUAAAUGAGCUGAACUUGGCAAGCAACCAGCUUACUGGAUCACUACCAGAUCUCAGCAGCAUGACCAAACUACAUGUCGUGGAUUUAAGCAACAACUCAUUUGCUGCUACCGUAGCUCCAGAUUGGUUCACGACUUUAACAUCCCUCACCUCUGUGUCAAUAGCUUCUGGAAAACUUACUGGCGAGGUCCCCAAGGGUCUCUUCACAUUGCCCCAACUGCAGCAAGUUGUACUGAGCAACAACGCAUUCAAUGGAACGCUUGAGAUCUCAGGCAGCAUCAACAAACAACUGCAGACUAUUAAUCUCAGGGAUAACCGUAUCUUUGCUGCCAACGUCACCACAAGCUACAAGAAGACUCUGGUGCUAUCCGGGAACCCGGUGUGCAGCGUGGACCCGGAUUUUUCUGGAAAACCCUACUGCAGCGUCCAGCAGGAGAACAUUAUAGCAUACACCACCAGCCUGAGCAAAUGUACCUCGACUCCUCGAUGUUCCAAUGAUCAGAGUUUGAACCCUGCAAACUGUGGAUGCUCAUAUCCCUACAGUGGGAAGAUGGUCUUCAGAGCACCGUUCUUCACGGACGUGACAGACACGAACAGUGCCACUUUUCAGCAGCUCGAGACAAGCCUCACGACUCAGCUGGCUCUGCGUGAUGGCUCAGUGUUCCUCUCCGAUAUCCACUUCAACAGUGACAACUACCUUCAGGUUCAGACGAAGCUGUUCCCCUCCUCAGGGGUGUCCUUCAACGUGCCCGAUCUGAUAAAGAUAGGCUAUAAUCUGAGCAAACAGACUUACAAACCACCAAAAAAUUUUGGACCUUAUUACUUUAUCGCAGACCCAUACCUUCCUUUGGCAGGUGCGUCUUCUCGUGGUGGUAAGAAAUCACAUAUCAGCACAGGCGCGAUUGCUGGAAUCGCGGUAGCUGGUGGACUACUUGUGAUUGCCCUUAUUGCCAUGGUAUUAUUUGCUUUACGACAGAAAAGAAGGGCUAACGAAGCAGUGACACAAACUGACCCUUUCGCCUCGUGGGCAGUUUCUCAGAAAGACAGUGGAGGUGCUCCGCAGCUGAAAGGAGCAAGGAACUUCUCUUUUACUGAACUGAGGAACUGCACCAACAGUUUCGCAGACACCCAUGAGAUAGGCUCAGGAGGCUAUGGCAAGGUCUACAAAGGAACACUUGUGGAUGGAACCCGGGUGGCGAUAAAGCGAGCAGAGCGUGGAUCAAUGCAAGGCAUAGUGGAAUUCAAGAACGAGAUCGAGCUGCUUUCCAGGGUUCAUCACAGGAACCUGGUGAGCCUGAUCGGCUUCUGCUACGAACAAGGGGAGCAGAUGCUGGUGUACGAGUACGUCUCCAAUGGAACACUCAGAGAGAACUUGCUAGUGAGAGGGACGUACCUGGACUGGAAGAAGAGACUCAGGAUCGCGCUCGGAUCGGCGAGGGGGCUUGCGUACCUUCACGAGCUGGCCGACCCGCCGAUCAUCCACCGGGACGUCAAGUCCACCAACAUCCUCCUCGACGACCACCUGAAGGCCAAGGUCGCCGACUUCGGCCUCUCCAAGCUCGUCGCAGACACCCAGAAGGGCCACGUCUCCACUCAAGUGAAAGGAACACUGGGUUACUUGGACCCUGAGUACUACAUGACGCAGCAGCUGUCGGAGAAGAGCGACGUGUACAGCUUCGGGGUGGUGAUGCUGGAGCUGGUGAGCGGGCGGCAGCCGAUCGAGAGCGGCAAGUACAUCGUGCGCGAGGUCCGGCUGGCAAUCGACCCCAACGACCGCGACUACUACGGCCUGCGGGCACUCCUCGACCCGGCGAUCCGGGACUCCGCGAGGACGGCCGGGUUCAGGCGGUUCGUGCAGCUGGCGAUGCGGUGCGUGGACGAGUCGGCGGCGGCGCGGCCGGCCAUGGGCGAGGUGGUGAAGGAGAUCGAGGCCAUGCUGCAGAACGAGGUGUCCGGGGCCGACGGCGCCAGCUCCGCGGGCUCGUCAGCCACCGAGUUCGACGGCGCGGGCGGCGGCGCGCGGGCGCACCCGUACAGCGACACCGAGAUCACGAGAGGGUCGUACGGGGACAACGCAUCCGAGUACAUGCCCUACUUCGAGGUCAAGCCCAAGUAGAAAUUCAGGGGUGUUAACGUUCUUGCCCCCACACCCUUUUUGUUGCAGAUUGUGAAUGAGUUUUAGGUUUGUAAGUGAUGUGUAUAUCCAUUGGUUUUGUGGAGGUUAAUUUUACGAUGCUACUCGCAAUCGAUCCUGAGACGACAAAAUGUACAUGCCUUGAAAUGUGCACUUGCCAACGUGCCAGUUAGAUUUUACUCUGGAUUGUCCAA